AUGGCAGCCGAGGGGGACAAACUGUGGGGAGGAAGGUUCAGUGGAAGCACAGAUCCAAUCAUGGAGAUGCUCAAUGCUUCCAUUAACUAUGAUCAGAGACUGUCUGAGGUUGAUAUCCAGGGGAGCAUGGCUUAUGCCAAAGCCUUGGAGAAGGCUGGAAUCCUAUCUAAAACUGAGCUGGAGAAGAUCCUGAGUGGCCUGGAAAAGAUCUCUGAGGAAUGGUCCAAAGGAGUCUUUGGGUUGAAACAAAGUGAUGAGGAUAUCCACACUGCCAACGAACGCAGACUAAAGGAGCUGAUUGGAGAUGUAGCUGGAAAGUUGCACACUGGAAGAAGCAGGAACACACAGGUUGUGACUGACUUGAAGCUGUUCAUGAAGAAUUCCCUCUCUAUCAUCUCCACACACCUCCUGCAGCUCAUCAAGACCCUGGUGGAACGCGCUGCCAUAGAAAUCGAUGUCAUCUUGCCUGGCUACACCCACCUGCAGAAAGCUCAGCCCAUCCGAUGGAGCCAGUUCUUGCUCAGCCAUGCUGUUGCUCUGACACGAGAUUCUGAGCGCCUGAGAGACGUGAAGAGGAGGAUCAAUGUCUUGCCUUUGGGAAGUGGAGCUCUGGCUGGAAACCCGUUGGAAAUUGAUAGAGAGCUUCUGUGUACUGAGCUGGACUUUGCUUCCAUCAGCCUCAACAGCAUGGAUGCCGUUAGCGAGAGAGACUUUGUGGUGGAAUUCCUGUCUGUUGCCACCCUGCUGAUGAUCCACCUUAGCAAGAUGGCUGAGGAUCUCAUCAUCUACAGCACCAGCGAGUUUGGCUUUCUGACCCUCUCUGAUGCUUAUAGCACUGGCAGCAGCCUGAUGCCUCAGAAGAAGAAUCCUGACAGUCUGGAACUGAUCCGCAGCAAAGCUGGACGAGUGUUUGGACGGUUGGCUGCUAUUCUCAUGGUCCUCAAAGGACUCCCCAGCACCUACAACAAGGAUCUGCAGGAGGACAAGGAGGCUGUCUUUGAUGUUAUAGACACCCUGAAUGCUGUGCUCCAGGUUGCCACUGGGGUGAUUUCUACCCUCCAGAUCAACAAGGAGAACAUGCAGAGGGCCCUGAGCCCAGAGAUGCUGGCUACUGACCUGGCUCUCUACUUGGUUCGUAAAGGA